UCACCCAUUCUCUUUUCUCUCCCUGGGGUUAAUAGAAUUAAUUUUUCGACGUGCCAAUAUAUGAAUAUAUCUUUAUAUCUUUUCUUAAAACAUUAAUUAAUGUUAAACGAAUUAGCCUAAAUAUUACAAUGACUUUAUAUCAUUUUGGAAACUGUGUAGCACUAGUCUACGUGCCAUAUUAUAUGACCUAUAAAUACUCGGGCUUAUCGGAAUAUGGUGCAUUUUGGAAAUGCAUACAGGCUGGUGGUAUUUACGUGUUUACACAGUUAUGUAAAAUGUUGGUGCUAGCCACAUUCUUUGAUUCGGAUGCACUUGGUGGUGGUACAGGCGAUUUUAACUUCUUAGCGGAGUUUCUGCGUUGUAGUGUGGAUGUAGCUGAUCUUUUAGGCUUUGGUGUUAUACUCUCCCGUAUUCCGGGUAAAGGUCAUAGCAAAUUGAUUACCGCCGGCUUGGGAUGGGCAGCGGCUGAAGUUGUCUUAUCUCGUGGUAUUAUGCUUUGGGUCGGUGCAAGAGGCACCGAAUUUAGUUGGAUUUAUAUACAAAAAUGCUUGGAGUCGAAUGUUUUACUGAUUCAACACAUCACCACCGCAACUUUGGUCUGGUUGUUCACACGUCAUGAUUUGAAUAAAGCUUUCAAGCCUCUGGUUACACUAUUGUUGGUGGUGACAAUUUUCAAAGGUGUUUGGCUAGAUGGCCUUUUAAGCAUUUUGAGCUUUGGAAUAUGGUCAACAAUAGCAUUUAAAGCAUUUAUUUCUUCAUUGAUUGGUUUUAUUACUUUGCAUGUUUACACCGGUUUGGCUCAAAAAAUAGGAAUUUAAAGAGUAAUUUGCAAUAUCAAGUUUAUUUUUUUUAUCUUAUUUGUAAUUCAAUUGAAAUGUUAGAAGUAUAUAAAAGUAAUAAAAAGGGAAAGAGAAUAAAAGUAUUAAUUAGGUAUA